AUGAGCAAUGGGCAAGGAGGUUACAACAAAGGAUACUAUAAUUACAAGUCCAACCCUGCCAUGUCAUACCGCAACACUGAUGUUCCUAACCCUCAGGACCAAGUAUAUCCUCAACAACAAGCAGCUCGAUCGAGUCAGGUGCCACAACAUGGGUAUGGUCAAAAGAACAAUUACCAAGGACCCCAAGGCACUUUCCCUGGAAAACAAAUGAAUAUCCCACCAGGUUUCCCCCACCAACCACCCCAGCCUGCACCUUCGCAAGAGAAUGAGCUCAAGGCAAUGCUAAAGCAACUGCUUCAAGGGCAAGCUGAUGGGGUAGUGGACACAAGCAAGAAGCUAGCUGAAAUAAACUCCAAGAUCGAGAAUCUCAACACAAGGGUUUACUCUCUGGAGAAUCAUGCUUCUUCUGUUGCUGCUGCUACAAAGCAAGGACAACUACCUGGUAAAGCUAUUCAGAACCCCAAGGAACAGUGCAAGGUCAUCUUCACUCAAGAUGGACUUGUUGAAGAAGAGGAUCAAGAAAGGGUCAUUGAAGAUUUUUGUUUACUGCUGAAUGAUGAAGAGAUUGUUGCUGCUGAGGCUCCUGGAGUCCAGAUUGAUCAACCAGAAGUGCAUGCACCUACUGUGGCCAUUCACACUUCACCAGUUGAGCUCGCACGACAAGCUCGAUCGGCAGCUCGAUCGAGUCCAACUCUAGCUAGAUCGAGUCCGACCUCUUCUGUCCCAAAACCCAUUUUGCUUGAUCCCUAUGAUCGCGGGAUCAGGUCUUCCCUUUUCCUAUCCCUGAUUCUGCAAGUGCACAGAUCAAAAGUAGUAAACGGGUAUCGAACCCAAGGAGUAGAUAAGUACACUUCGAGUAUUGCAAGUCUAAUAUAG